UGUGUCAACUACAACAACACACCAACGAAAUGGGUGAAGAUCAUCAUCAUGAGCUUCCCGUAGGGUUUAGGUUCUAUCCAACCGAAGUAGAGCUUCUUACGUUUUACCUAAGGAUUCAGCUUGGUGGAGGAAGUGCCACCAUUCAUAGUCUCAUACCUAUCCUUGAUGUCUUUAGCGUUGAGCCUACUCAGCUUCCAAAUCUUGCGGGAGAGAGGUGUAGAGGAGACGCAGAACAAUGGCUAUUCUUUGUGCCAAGACAAGAAAGGGAAGCUAGAGGAGGAAGACCAAGCAGGACAACUCGUUCAGGUUACUGGAAAGCAACUGGUUCACCAGGUCCUGUGUUCUCACCGGAUAACCGAGUGAUCGGUGUUAAGAAGACGAUGGUGUUCUAUACAGGGAAAGCACCUACUGGUAGAAAAACAAAGUGGAAGAUGAAUGAGUAUAAAGCUGUUGAUGAAACAACUAGUGUAUCUACAAACCCAAAGUUGAGGAACGAGUUCAGUAUCUGUCGAAUCUACAUAAAGUCAGGAAUCUCGAGGGCCUUUGACAGACGUCCCACAGAAACUUAUGGGAUAGAGAGAAGAGUUCCUAGCAAUAGAGUGGAGUCAUCAUCUCGUGCUACAACAUCAACCUCACUAGAAACUUCACAUUCAGGAGGAAACAAAGUUGAUUUAUCAGUGAAUAAUGCUAAUACUAGUAUUACACAAAGCAUCUCAGAGAUGGUUGAUGGGCUAUCACAACCUUUUUGGGAAUGGGAACAAAUGAAUUGGUCUUAAACCAUAUCAAAUUACUUAUUAUGUUUCAUUUGCUAUGAAAUAUACAAAGAUGUAUGCUUUGUGUAAAACACUAGUUAGUAAGUGAGAAAUAUGUUGUGUAAAAAUAACACACUACAUUCAUUUGCCUAACCGGAUUAGUAGACCAAGC